UGAUCUCUUACCUGCUUUGCUCACAAACACUGGACGUGCCGCUUGCAUUCUGUCCAUGUUUUGGCUGCGGGGCAGACGCUUGACAUCUGCUUUUUUUAACGUCUCAUUUUCCCACUCUUUAUAUUGAUUCUCUUCCUGGAAUGGAUUUAUAACUCUGCCUGUGGAAGUUGCCAAACAGGGACAAACCAUUCUUCACUUUCAUUUUGUGCAUCUCUCUAUUUUCUGUCAGGUCUUUGUGUGUCAGCACAGACAGGAUGACAUGGCGUCCUCAGUACCGUAGCUCCAAGUUUCGCCACGUGUUUGGGAAGCCAGCCUCAAAGGAGAAUUGUUAUGAUGGUGUGCCGAUCACCCGGAGCGUUCAUGACAACCACCUCUGCUCCAUCAACCCUCACUUUAUCGCGGUCAUCACUGAAUGUGCAGGGGGCGGAGCUUUCCUUGUGCUGUCCAUCUAUCAUACUGGUAAGAUCGAUCCUCAUCAUCCAAAGGUGUCUGGUCACAGAGGCAACGUGCUCGACAUCAAAUGGAAUCCUUUUAAUGACUUCUGCAUAGCCUCCUGUUCAGAGGAUGCCACAGUAAAGAUCUGGGACAUUCCUGAACAUGGUGUCACGAAGAACAUCACAGUGCCCUGGAAAGAGCUGCAGGGUCAUUCUCGGCGUGUUGGUCUCAUUGAGUGGCACCCCACAGCCAACAACCUUAUUUUCAGUACUGGAUAUGACUACCAGGUCAUGGUGUGGAAUCUGGAUGUUCCUGAACAGGUGAUCAAGAACCCUGUAAAGUCCAUUAGUAUGCACACAGAUGUGGUUUUGUCUAUGUCCUUCAACACAGACGGCAGCAGACUCGCCACAUCUUGCAAAGACAAGAAGAUCAGAGUGAUCGAUCCGCGCACUGGAGUCCUUUUACGUGAGACAAAUUGCAAGACACACCGAGCCAGUAAAGUGCUAUUUCUAGGAAACCUGAAAAUGCUCCUUUCUACAGGCAGUUCACACUGGAACCAUCGUCAGAUUGCACUUUGGGAUCAGGACGACCUUUCUCAGCCGUGCUAUUCAGAAGACUUAGAUGGUUCCUCUGGGGUUCUCUUCCCUUUCUAUGACCCUGACACACACAUGCUGUACGUAGCUGGAAAAGGUGAUGGUAAUAUCAGAUACUAUGAAAUCAGCCUAGAAAAGCCAUAUGUGCACUUCUUGACAGAAUACCGAUCUCUUCUUCCACAAAAGGGAAUGGGUGUUAUGCCAAAGCGAGGACUUGAUGUGUGUUCCUGUGAAGUGUUCAGAUUCUACAAGCUGGUGACAAUCAAAAGCCUCAUAGAACCCCUGUCCAUGAUUGUUCCAAGAAGGUCAGAGUCCUAUCAAGAGGACAUUUACCCUACGACAGCUGGGAACAAGCCUUCCAUGACAGCAGAUGAGUGGCUCCGUGGUGUGGAUAAAGAUCCUGUGAUGAUGUCACUAAAGCCUGGAAGUAAACAGGACUCGUAUGCGGAGCUGAAUUCGUUUGAGACGCACCGUUCUAGGAGUCGACCAGGUUUGCCGCAGCUAAUUCAGGAAAAGCCGAAUGCUAAAGAGGAACCCAACGCAUCCCACUCCACCGCACAGCUUCCAUUCACAGAUGGAAACAGCAGCUCUCAAAGCAACGUCAGCAACAGACAACUAGAUGUCACACAGUGCUCACCGCCUAAAACAGAAAACGAGCUACGGCAAGUUUUUUAUAAGCAGCAGGAUGAGAUCCGAAGGUUGAAGGAGCUGCUUAACCAAAAGGACGUGCGGAUAAAACAGCUCGAACUGGAGAUCAAAAAUGUAAGAAACUUGCAUACCACCUGAGAGUGACUGGCCUGGUACAUCGCAACAUCAAAGCUCUGCCUUUCUCAUUAACAUUCACAAGAACCCAUCUUACACCCUCAUGUCAGUACACUGUACGGAAACACACUCUCAAGCUUCAUUCUCUUUUCGUAAAUCUGUUUAUGUAAGUCAUUGUUUUUGUUUUGUCCACAUAAACAAUUUUUUCAGGACUUUUUUUUACACUUUUAGCACUAUCCAAAAAUGUUUGUCAUUUUACUUGAAUUUUUUUUUUUUUUUUUGAAAAUGUCUAUCUUGAAUGAGAAUGUUUUUGUUUUAUACAGGGGGAUAUAAUUAUAAUUAUGAUUGAUGAGUUAAAAUGUUUUUUUGCUGAUUUAUUUGCUAUUUUAAAUGUGUUUUAAAAAUGGAUGAGUGUUGUGACAAGAAAGUUUGAUGCUGUAAAAAAUGUAAAUCCAAAGUUUAGAACAAGACCAAAUUUAUUGGUUGUUUAUCUGAUUAAAUGCUGUGAAAAUUCCAAAUCCCAUCAUGCACUAGUAAGACACAAUUUGAAUGAGUUGGGGUUAUAAGAAAGGCCAUCUUUAGGUUUUGAAUUGAACUAUUGGCCACAACUGAUUUGUCAGGUAAAUUAAAAAUGUAACCCACUGCCUUCCCCUUACCCACUGUUUGCUGCUUUGUAAACGAACCAAUGAUGCAACACUAAGUUUUGCCAUAAUUUGUACAAAUGAUUUUAUAAUGGUUUGUUUACAUAUUCUGUACAUGUGCACUCUUAGAAUAUAUUAGAAUGCAAACCUGAAGAUGCUAUUUUAAAUUGUUCUGUUGCUCUGAUAUUUCUCUAAAUUAUAUACUAAAUAUUGUUAAAACUUG